AUGCCUCCGAACCGGACCCAGCAAUUCCUCACCGUCGCUCGACUGAGGUGGGCUGAUUCAGACCGGCGCCAGAUAUCGAGCCAUGACGCGAACGACUCGCCCGCAGCGAACAUGCCGAAAGCGGCCCCAUCAGCCCAGCAGCUAGAGACGCACGAUUCCGUCUCAUCGGCAUAUCCAACAGCGCUCCCUAGCAACGCAUCGAACGGCUCGUACGUGUCGACGGACCAGAUCACCACCAAGCCCGCCUUUAGCUCCGACUCACCUACGGUCUGCUAUAUCAUGCGGCACGCCGACUGGAGGUCGCUUAACACGACUACAUGCAAGCUCAUUGUUCCUAUCAGCACCAGUAAUGUGACGAUCCCUCAGCAGGGCUGCGAGUUGGUGCUUGUACGCCGUGACUCCAAGAUCCUCGUCCAAAACUAUGAUGUUGGAGGAGUAAGCUUGAUCUACUGCACAGCGGAGACCUUUACAUGGGCUCGAGGGGCAUCAGGAAAGAGGACUCUUAUCUUAUACGGUGAAACAAGUGAGCUUCACCAGUCUGCGAUCGACCUUGGAAAUUUGAUGGCAAAUUCUACGGCUACGGAUCCGGAUGAUGCCACAGUGAAUACCUGCAAUCUGACUGCGAAUAAGAUAUCGGUCAAGUGGCAACUGUCGCCGGAGAGGAACAUUCUGACGUUCGGUGAUGAGCUGGCGAUCCUCAUGCACUGGCGCAACGGCGCCUACAACUACUGGGUUACAGAAUUGCCAGCGCCCAUGUCAAUUGCGAACUACUCCUCACUUUCUAAGUCCACGGUCAUCGUGAAAGGAGGCCACCUCACCCGCAGCGCAGCCAUCGAAGGCGAAAUCUUAGCUGGACUGGCGACAUCAACAGCACGGCCGACUUCGAACUCAUAUACAUACAAGACAACGGGCCAAGUCAAAACGAUCCUCUUCAACGGCGAAGAACUAGCCACAACCGAUUCUCCCAGGGGCAGGCUCACAGCACAGCUACCAUUCACGCUCCCCAACCUUACACACCCGGACUCCGCAUCUCUUGAGUGGAAGUAUCGACUCGCUCCCCGAAAUCCAGGCCACCUACGACGACUCAGCCCGGACCGCUUGCACCAACUCCACAACCACCAACCCGCAGGCGCUGCUCACGCCGACCUCGCUCUACGCCAGCGACCACGGCUACCACGCUGGCUCACUCAUCUAUAG